GUCCAAAACCGUCUACGUGUGAGCAUGAUGAACAGCGGAAAACUAAGAACCUGGAAGACAUCGCGACGGUCCAGUAGGGCCAAUUCCACUGUCUCGGGAGCUGGAAGUUCUAGCAGUUCGCUGCCUCUGGAAGGAUAUCGCGUGCUUGACAUGACGAGAGUAUUGGCUGGUCCUUAUUGCACGCAAAUCCUGGGUGACCUGGGGGCCGAGGUCAUCAAGAUUGAGCAUCCUGUUCGGGGAGAUGAUACGCGUGCUUGGGGACCACCGUAUGCCCCCUAUCAGCCCGGCUCUUCCCUGAAUGGACCGGGUGAAUCCGCCUACUUCCUUGCUGUCAACAGAAAUAAAAAGUCCUUGGCGCUCAACUUCCAGCAUCCCAGCGGGGUCGAAAUCCUGCAUAAGCUCGUCGCCAAGUGCGACAUUCUCGUCGAGAACUACCUACCGGGCACUCUUGCCAAGUACAAGCUCGACUAUGACACCUUGAGUGCGAUCAACCCUGGUCUCAUCUAUGCCUCCAUCACUGGCUACGGCCAGACUGGACCAUAUUCUAGCCGUGCCGGAUACGAUGUCAUGGUCGAGGCCGAGUUCGGUCUCAUGCAUAUCACUGGCAGCCGAGACGGACCGCCAGUCAAGGUAGGCGUUGCCGUGACUGACCUAACCACGGGUCUUUACACCAGCAACAGCAUCAUGGCUGCCCUUCUAUCGCGGGCCAAGACAGGACGUGGCCAGCGAAUCGACGCAGCGUUAAGCGACUGCCAGACCGCGACGCUCGCCAACAUCGCCAGCAGCUGUCUCAUCAGCGGCGAGAAGGACUCGGGCCGAUGGGGGACUGCGCACCCAUCCAUCGUACCCUAUCGUUCCUUCCAAACCAAAGACGGCGACGUGCUGCUGGGCGGCGGCAACGACCGUCUAUCCGGUAUUUUAUGCGACGGGCUCGGCCGACCGGAGUGGAAGGAAAACAGCAAGUUCCGCACGAACGCCGAGCGGGUCGCGAACCGGGACGAGCUCGAGGCCCUCAUCGAGAGCGUCACGGUCACCAAGACCACAGGGGAAUGGCUGCGUAUCUUCGAGGGUAAGGGAAUGCCGUACGCCGCCGUCAACGACGUGCAGGCGACCCUGGCGCAUGAGCACACAAAAGCUCGUAACAUGGUCGUGGAGGUGGACCACGACCAGUGCGGGACCAUCAAGUUGGUAAACACUCCUGUCAAGUACUCGGAGAGUGAGCCGAAGGUCCGCACUGCGCCACCUACCUUGGGGCAGCAUACCCACGAAGUCUUAUCGGAUCACUUGGGCAUGUCGGAGGAUGGAAUCAGGUCAUUGCGAGACAUUGGUGUAAUAAGGUAAAUUGAUGUUGUUUUGAGGAAGUAGAAAUCGUAGCAGUGUUUGAUUGGGGGGGCUGGUAGAUUGCACCCCCAGAUUUGGUCGAAGUGCGAAAGAGGUUUGUUAAGACGGUGCUGGAACACCUACUUUUGUGUUUAGAAAUUCAGGGAACUCUGCUCGCCCGCUUUUUCCUGAAGUUGGUAGGUCUGGUUGAAGUUGGCAAACGAGCCAAGUUUGGAAAAUGCUGGUCUUUUCCACUGAUAACGGUGUAGAACGGUGUAGGACGGUGUACCAAACACG